AUGAAUUUUUUUCUGUGUGGUGUUCUAGUUGGGUUAUUAAUAUCUGAAGUCGAAGUAUCUCAGGCUAUUCUUUGUAAGGAAGCGUCUCUUUCUUGUCCUGUCAUAACUCGCAAUCAUCGCCGACUUAAAGGCUUCACGUUCAAAACAUUUCACCUUGCAAGCCUGAUAUCCUGUGGUUUGCUAUGUCAGAGAGACCCUCGAUGCGUUUCAACAAAUUUCAGAAAAGUUUUCAAAAGUGAGGGAACCUGUGAGUUGAACGACAGAGGAGUUCUCCUUACUGAGAAAGGAAACGAAUUGGAAUACAACGAAGAAGCAAUUUACACUCAAUUUUACGACACGAAGGUAACAAAAAAAUGAUCCAAAAAAGACCAAGAAGAAGGUGUUAUUGACUCCUCGAGACACUUGUCUUUUAUUCGUGGUGUCUUUCUCAUAAAAUCGUCAUAUUUCGACGACAGAUGUGAAAACUUUCCAUCUGUCAUAUUUUUCUUUGAAUGUUUUUAUCGUUUGGUCCUAAAGUAGUUUGACGUGUAUGUGGGUAAAAUGGUGGUUUUUUAUCUUUUUUUUUUUAAAGGCGAAUGGACCACAUUUCACUGAGUGCUGGUCAUCAAAAUGUUGUACUGUCGUUUAAAGUAAAAUGAGAAAUUUUGGGAAUUUAAAUCUCGAUAUCAUUGGAUUCAAUAUAUGCAAACUGCUCCGAAGCUCAAUAAAGUUAAAUAUAUUUUAAGUUGAAAGUUCUUAAAUAAAUUCAGGUGGACCGAGAGUAGGUCAUACGGAUUUAGUACACAGAAUUCAGUAUAAAAUUUUAGCUUGAAGCUAAAACUUUCAAGAUCUUUCUAAAGGCCUUCAAUUAGCUCACUAGUGCAGUCUCCAUACGGUGAUAAACCCAGAAGACUAAUUGAUUUCCCGAUGAAAUAAAAAAUGAAUGAUUUUUUGUUUUCAGCACCACGGUCAGGCCUUCAAGGAAGAUUUAAAAGUCGUCAACUGCAAAUGUAAGUAGCGUUGAUUUGAAAGGUAUUCUUGAGAUUAAAGUCAACGACUUCGUGUUUAAAUAACAAUGAGUUACUUGUCCCGGCUGCUUCUAGUCUCUCCGCCAAUAGGUGCGGAGUCUGUCGUCUUCGCGAACCUUCGCGGACCCUUACAAACAUUCUCCGAACCUGCUUGAAACAUUUAGAUUCUUACAGUUUCCUUGAAAGUCCUCGAAUGUUGGCAAAAAAAUUGCUAAGGAAAAUGUUGCCUAGUUUACUUCUAAAUUAAUGUGGAAAUCAAGCCUUUAAUUCCCAUGAGUGACCAAGACAGAAUUUCUCCUUACAAUAACCAUACAAUAUCAAUCAGACAGGUGAUGAGAAUAAUGAAAAAGAUAAGUUUGAGAAUUUUCUAAUUGAUCCAGUACAAAUUCUCAGAACUAGCAUCAUAAGAGUUGUAUAGAAGUCAGUAAGGAGAAUUAAUAAUGAGAUCUUGGGCACUGAAGGGUUAAGGAAACAAGAACCUGCUGAAGAAGCCGAGGACACUCACUGCGUUAUUCACAACUUCAAAUGCUGAUGUGCCUACAAAAUGCAUCGCGAAAACAUGAUAGCGUUGAGUCAUCAAUAUGGGAAGCAAUUUAAACAUAUCCAGGAAUUAGACAUUAUAGACUCCAGUGAUUCAAAAACCUCUGGAUACUCCAAAGGUGCCGCAGUAAAUUUUAACCGUUUUGGCUACGAAUUUUCAUUUGCAGUAGAGCUUCGACCAUCACUUGUAAGUCGGAGAGAUUUAACUCACGCGAAAGUUUUUAUCUUUAUCAAACUUUUUUUUAUUAUAAUGCUUGAGAUAAAGUAGAAAGGUGAAAGUACACUUACUUUUACAUUUCUAUUCAACCGUUUUUAAAAUCAUCCUUUACUCCGUGGUAAACAAAUCAAUGUCUGUGCGAUUGCAUUUGUCUGUCUCAAUUUCAGGUGCGGAAUCACCAAAAGCCCCAGUUCCCCUCGGCAUGGAAAGCGGUGCUAUUUUUGACUCACAGAUCACCGCUUCCUCCGUGAAAAAUGAUUACUUUGCCGCACCGAAUGCUAGAUUACAUUUCAAAGGAUCCAAAAACCCGCUUAAACGUGCUGGCUGGGUACCUAAAGUGAUAAACACCAGCCAAUGGCUGCAAGUGGAUCUUAAGCAAACCACAAGGGUAAUAGGCAUAGCGACGCAAGGGAGACAUGAUUACCUUCAGUGGGUUACUAAAUACAAGCUACAAUAUGGCGAUGAUGGACUAUUUUUCAGAGUUUACAAGCGAAACGGAGACGUAUCAGACACGGUAUGAAAAAGUAUGCUUAAUUGAAAAAACCUUUUUGCGGAGAAAAAGUCACCGUGAGGAAUAGAACCUUUUUGUAUUCUGCAUUCUGAUUCUCUUCCACUGAGCCACAAAGCAGUUACACUAGGCUGGGCCAUAUACUCUCUGUCAUUGAACCAACAGAAGAGCAUUCACGAAAGUUAUAGGUUGAGAGUAACUCGUACUGUAAAAAAAAAAACUUACGCUCGUUAAUUUUACGCCCAAAUAUAUUCUACUCAGGUUUUCCCAGGAAACGAGGACAAAGCCACAGUAGUUUACCACGAUCUUAACCCGCUCAUUUAUGUUCGCUAUGUUCGAGUUAUUCCGAUGGAAUGGAAAGGGAUGAUCGCCAUGAGGAUUGAGCUUUAUUCUUGA